AGGGGGACGACGUUGGUCACGUGGUGUAACAUGGCUGCGCCCGUCAAGAUGUGAGUAGUGGAUGGACGCUUCUUUAUCUCCCCACUAAGAAAAGCAGCACGUUAACUGUCACACUAAGUAUUUUCCUUUUUAUUAAAAUAAAUCAGGAAUCAAAGAUGUCAGAAAAUAACACUUAUACAAAACAGCCGCUGGCAGUGGAUGUUUCCAGUGUCCCACCCAAAUCAGUGGUCAUUGAAGUACUUAUGAAGAAAUUUGAACGCCUUCCAGAAACCGAAAGGAAAUUCUUUGCUUAUGGGCCCAUCUACCUUGGAAUAAAUGGAGCUUUUUCAGGACUGAUAGCAAACAGUUUUUUCCGACGGAUACUAAAUGUAACUCAAGCCCGGUUCACCUCCAGCUUACCGAUGGCAGUUCUUCCGUUUUUGACGACUGUGGCAAUGUAUAAUGCUACUGUAUCAAAUCCUUUACUUGCAGGUGACCUUAACUGCCCUACAUGUGCAAUGGUGAGAGGUGGACUGGUUGGUGCUGUCAUCGGUGGCUUUUAUCCAGUCCUGCUAGCCUUACCUAUCAAUGCAGGCCUUGCAACAAGGUACAACACCACUCCAAUGCCAGAGAAGGGAAAUGUACUGCGUUUCUGGAGCACCAUCACACAGCCGGUUCUGCGGAAAAUGAGCUUUGUGUUUUUACUACAGGCUCUCUUUGCAGUGUACUUGAGCUCCCGGCAUUAUGGGAUCUACAUGAAAAUGCUUGAACUCCCUAUAUCUGACACAGAAGAGUUAAAGGACUAAUCAGUUGGAUAGCAGGCCCCAUAAUAAUUAAUCUAAACUCUGCAGUAAAUCUGUAAUCAGAAACAUGUCUGCUUACUAUAUUAAAUUAAAAAGCUAUUCUAAAUCUUUAACUGUGAAUGCUGAAAGAAAUGUGCAUUUUGUUUUUAUAUGCAUUUGUUUUGUUUUUUUCAGUUUACAUUCUCUACGAUGGAUGUAAAUGAAACCAUUAGAGAGAAAAUGCUAAAUUUUCUGACUGUUUUAAAUACUUACAUAGUAUUGAAUGCCAGAUAAUGUAAUAAGGUUAUUACUUUGUGUGAAUUGCAGUUUCCAAAGCAGGUUUUGGCAGGAUGUUCAAUCUUCUGCUUAAUUAAAACUACUUCAAAAACAUUUGUCAAUUAUGAUCUCUUAUACACCGUAAACACCUUAGACAUGUAGCCAGAAAUCCUGUGUGUACUUUGCCCUUACCUUUUUAUGAUGUUUGCAAUCACUCAGUGGUUCAGUUUUGAUCUAUUUUAAGAUUAUCAUUUUUGUCUUUUGUUACUGUCUGAGAUCUUGCCAAAUACCUCUUACCCAGCUGCAUCUGUCUUGUAUAACAGGUGUACUGUUUUUACUGCUACUUUAUAACCUGUACUAAGAAACAAUAAUAAGUACCUUUUAUAUGAAAAAAUAUGUGCCCCCAAUAAUAUUAUGCAAAAUAUGGGUUUUGUUUAUUCCAAGAUACUAUAUGGUGCACUGCAUAGUACUUGAGAACUAAUUGACUUGCACUGGUCUUUCAAAUACUGACAUCACUUUAUUUAUGGGGUCAACCUUUAAGACCAAUACAGAGGAAAGAUGAAAUUGGUCCCAUGAAAUGUUUACAUACAGCUAUGGCCAAUUGUUUUGCAUCACCCUAUAGAUUUAACUAAUUGUGCUUCAUAAAAUUGAAUGAAACAUGCUGAAUAAUGUUAUGUUAACAUAUUCAUAUUACUGAUUACAUACCCUUGACAAAAAAAACUAAUUGAAAAAUGUUGGCAUUUCAAAAUUUACCAUGAACUUUUGGAUAAAGGUGUCUGCCAAAUAAAUAAAUUAGUAAUUAUGUAUUCUGGUAGAUUUUGCUAUAUCAUUUU